UUAGGUUUGAGCAUCCGAUUAAGUAUUGCAAAGAAGUUAGCCAAAAAGAAGAAUUCACUGCUACUUUUUCGGGAGUUGUUAUUUAUUAGACGUGAAGAAGAAAGUGAACUUUUGAGAAACUUGAGGAUUUUCUUGCGACUUUCAUUCUUUUGGAAUUAUCUUUUUUGUGUGCCUCUGAAGAGUUAUUAUUAAGAGUUAUUACUUUCCUUUUUUCCCAGAAAGACAAAUAAUAAAGGUUCGCACAAUGCAGUUGAUAGGGGGUCUCUUUUUGCUCCUAAUGGCUUGGAAUUGUGGAGCGGCUCGAGUCGCAGAAAGCCGAGACGACAAUAGUGUCUUUGACCUGUUCGAGAAGGUGCGAGUACACAAGAAAAACAAUGGGGUGACUCUCGUGAAGGGCGCAGAUCCUUACAGCCCUGCUUACAAGAUUUUAGACGCUGACCUGAUUCCCCCGGUUCCCGAGACCCCCUUCAGGGACCUAAUAGAUGCCAUUCACACCGAAAAGGGCUUUCUUCUCUUGGUUAACUUCAAACAAUUCAAGCGGACCAGGGGCAGUCUGCUGACGGUCGAGAAAAUUGAUGGCUCCGGACCCAUUUUUGAGAUCAUUUCUAACGGGAAGGCUAACACGCUGGACCUGGUUUUCUCAACGGAGAACAAGCAGCAGGUGGUGUCCAUUGAAGACGCGGACCUGGCGACGGGCCACUGGAAGAACAUCACACUGUUCGUGCAGGAAGAUCGGGCUCAACUUUUCGUGGGCUGCGAAGAAAUCAACAGCUCUGAACUGGACGUGUCCAUUCAAAGAAUCCUGACUCAGGACGUACCCAGCAUUGCCCGCCUGAGGAUCGGCAAAGGAGCGGUGAAGGACAGGUUCAUGGGUGUGCUGCAGAAUAUACGCUUUGUUUUUGGAACUACUCUGGAUGCGAUUUUGAGGAAUAAAGGAUGUUCCAGAUCACCUUUAACGGAUACUAUAAUUUUGGACAACCCCGUCAAUGGAUCUAGCCCAGCCAUCAGGACUGACUACAUUGGACACAAAACAAAAGCAGAUAUACAGUCUGUGUGUGGGUUCUCUUGUGAAGAUCUUGCCAACAUGUUUAAGGAACUUAAAGGACUCAGUGUCUAUGUUCACCAAUUGUCAGAAAAUCUCCACAAACUGCAUGAAGAGAAUGAACUUAUCAGAAACCAAAUUAAAAUCAAGCAUGGUGUGUGUCUCCACAAUGGCAUAGUCUACAACAAUAAGGAUGAAUGGACUGUUGAUGGUUGUACUGAAUGCACUUGCCAGAAUUCUGCCACAGUGUGUCGCAAGAUCUCCUGCCCCCUGAUGCCCUGCGCUAACGCUACUGUUCCUGAUGGAGAAUGCUGCCCAAGAUGUGGCACACCAAGCGACUCUGCAGAGGAUGGCUGGUCUCCCUGGUCUGAAUGGACUCAUUGUUCUGUGUCCUGUGGAAGAGGGAUUCAGCAGCGUGGCCGCUCCUGCGAUCGUAUCAACAACUUCUGCGAGGGCACGUCUGUGCAGACACGGGACUGCUACCUUCAGGAAUGUGACAAGCGAUUCAAGCAAGAUGGAAGCUGGAGUCACUGGUCUCCUUGGUCUUCCUGCUCCGUUACCUGUGGCACUGGAGUGAUUACGCGCAUUCGUCUGUGCAAUUCCCCGACUCCUCAGAUGGGUGGCAAGGACUGCAUGGGAGAGGGCCGGCAGACAAAGGAGUGCAAGCAAUCCCCUUGUCCGAUCAAUGGAAACUGGGGACCAUGGUCUCUCUGGGACACCUGCACUGUGACCUGUGGAGGAGGUGUUCAGACUCGCAAGCGACUCUGCAAUGAUCCUGCGCCUACAUAUGGUGGCAAGGACUGCAUUGGUGAGGCUGGGGAAACUCAGCUCUGCAACAAGCAGGACUGUCCCAUUGAUGGGUGUCUAUCCAAUCCCUGCUUUGCUGGAUCAAAGUGCACAAGCUUUCCUGACGGCUCCUGGAAGUGUGGGCCUUGCCCAACAGGUUACCAUGGUGAUGGAGUCAACUGUGAAGAUGUAGAUGAAUGUAAGGAGGUUCCUGAUGCCUGUUUCGAGUUUAACGGCGUCCACAGAUGUGAAAACACAGAGCCAGGAUACAACUGUCUGCCCUGCCCACCUCGUUUCACUGGCCUACAGCCAUAUGGUAGAGGUGUGGAGGAUGCCACGGCGAAAAAGCAGGUGUGCACACCCCGAAACCCUUGCGCUGAUGGAAGCCACGACUGCAACAAAAACGCCCGCUGCAUUUACCUGGGGCACUUCACAGACCCCAUGUUCCGCUGUGAAUGCAAGCCAGGGUACGCUGGCAAUGGAUACAUUUGUGGGGAGGACACUGACCUUGAUGGCUGGCCCAAUGAGGACCUUGUCUGUGUGGAAAAUGCCACCUACCACUGCAAGAAGGACAACUGUCCCAACCUUCCCAACUCCGGACAGGAAGAUUAUGAUAAGGAUGGAACAGGGGAUGCCUGUGACAGUGAUGAUGAUAAUGAUGGCAUUCCAGAUGACAGGGACAAUUGCCAGUUCAUCUAUAACCCGAGGCAGUAUGACUAUGAUCGUGAUGAUGUGGGAGACCGCUGUGACAACUGCCCAUACAACAGCAACCCUGAUCAAAUUGACACCGACAACAAUGGAGAGGGUGAUGCUUGUGCUGUGGACAUCGAUGGUGAUGGUAUUCUGAAUGAGAAGGAUAACUGUCCCUAUGUGUACAAUGUGGACCAGAGAGACACAGACUUAGAUGGCGUUGGAGAUCAGUGUGAUAACUGCCCUCUGGAACACAAUCCAGACCAGCUUGAUGCUGACUCUGAUCGGGUAGGAGACAAAUGCGAUAGCAACCAGGACAUAGAUGAAGAUGGCCACCAGAACAACCUGGACAACUGUCCCUACAUUCCCAAUGCCAACCAAGCUGAUCAUGACAAAGAUGGCAAAGGUGAUGCCUGUGACCAUGAUGAUGACAAUGAUGGCAUUCCCGAUGACAAGGACAACUGCAGACUGGCUUUCAAUCCUGACCAGAAAGACUCUGAUGGUGAUGGACGAGGUGAUGCUUGCAAAGACGACUUUGAUCAAGACAACGUACCUGACAUCUACGAUGUCUGUCCUGAGAACUUUGCAAUCACCGAGACGGACUUCCGUAAAUUCCAAAUGGUGCCCCUGGACCCCAAGGGAACUUCACAGAUUGACCCUAACUGGGUGGUGCGCCACCAGGGCAAAGAGCUCGUGCAGACCGUCAACUGCGAUCCUGGCAUUGCUGUUGGUUUUGAUGAAUUCAACGCAGUGGAUUUCAGUGGCACCUUCUUCAUCAACACCGACCGUGAUGAUGACUAUGCUGGGUUUGUGUUUGGAUACCAGUCAAGCUCUCGCUUCUACGUGGUGAUGUGGAAACAGAUCACACAGACCUACUGGUCUCAUACUCCCACAAAAGCCCAGGGAUACUCAGGACUGUCCAUCAAAGUUGUCAAUUCUACCACUGGACCUGGAGAACAUCUGCGAAAUGCCCUUUGGCACACUGGAGAUACUCUCGGACAGGUGCGCACUCUGUGGCACGACCCUAAAAAUAUUGGCUGGAAAGACUUCACUGCUUACAGAUGGCAUCUUACCCACAGACCAAAGACUGGCCACAUUAGGGUUGUCAUGUAUGAAGGCAAGAAAAUCAUGGCAGACUCUGGAAGCAUCUAUGACAAGACUUAUGCAGGUGGAAGGCUAGGUCUGUUCGUAUUUUCUCAAGAAAUGGUAUACUUCUCCGACCUCAAAUAUGAAUGCAGAGAUACAUAAUUGCAGAGAAGAGAGUCUUUUUUGGAUUUUGCACCUUUCUGUAUAAAUAUGAAUAUAUAUUUUAAACAACAUCCUGGGACCAUUGUUUUCAUUAUGCUUCCCUCUGAAACGUGCACAUUGGUGGAACUAGAGCAUGCGAUCAGCUUCAUGGUAAAUUGACGUUGGGAGAAAAACCAGCUGACUGCCAGAUGAGCAUUUGACCCCUCCACCAAAGCAGGUAGAGCAGACACACCCUUGCUUUACUCGGUCAAGAGAUGGCUCUCCGAAGCUCUUCGCCCUGCGAGGGAAGAUCUUCCAGCCGUUGACUAUGCACUUCAGAACCCGUCUGCAUAUCUUUUUCCAGAUGGAGGUCCCACGGAAAGACUGAGUAUUUCCUUUUUAUUAAAAAAAGAUCAACCUCAGAUCUGCUGUGGACUAAAUUUUUUUUUAAAAGGACAAAUUUGUUCCAGGGAUGAAGAAGGCAAUAAGACUUUUCCUCUUACGAUUAAAAGGGUCAGAGACCCUUGGACUUGAUUGUUGAUGAACAAAACACCGAGGGACUGUUACUAUUGAAACGUAUGCGUGUCUGAGUGUGUGUAUAUAUUUUCUCAAAAGAGCCAGCUUGCUUCCCAUUUAUAUAUAUAAAAUACGUAUAUAAUUGUGAAGCUAAGGAGCACUGGUUUUCUGCUCCCCAUACACAUCUCCUUCAGAGCGUCCCCCUUUUUGAAGAAUCCCUUACAGAAAUAAAUAACAAAUAUUCUUGGCAAAUUCAGCCAAAUGGAUCAUAUUGAGUAAUGGGCAUUAUACAGCCUAAACACAGUUAUUAGUGAACACAGCAGUGGUACUAUGGCUGGUGAUGUAACUACUUCAGUUCAGUGAACCUAGUAUUCUCAGGGUGAGACUUGUUCUCCCUAUCAGCCUCUGUUAACAGCAACUAAACAUGGCAUAUCGGAUUAAAAUGGAGGAGACUGCAAGCCAGGCAUAGGGCAGAACCAUGAGUCUAAGAGAAUGUCCGCCAGUCCAGCAUUUUUGUAUCAACUGCACAAAAUGCAUACAAUUUAAAUGAGCAAUACCUUUUCAAGCAAAUGUACUGCUUUUGUGUCAAACAAUGUUUUUUUUUUCUUCAAAUCUGAAUUUCAAAGUGACUGGUUUUCAAGCACAUUUCUGGACUGGGGAGGGGUGUACAUCAGCACAAAGGUUGCCUACCUCUGCAGAACAUCAUGGUGAAAUAUAGCAAAGAAUGACAGGAAAUAUCAAAACUAAUGAGGCUUUAAAAAAAAACAAUACUGAUAAUAGAACAAUUGGGGAACCUGUGUGGAAAAGCCAGUAAUGGAACAACAAGUAUACAAAAAGAUUUAGUUAUUUAUUGCUGUGUGUUUACUUGUCUUUAUGAAGAAGGACUGCUUUAGGAGUGGAACAGAUGUGCUGGACUAUCCAUACAGAUUGAUUUGUAGUCUAGAUAAGAUGACAGUAUAUAAGAUUGUAAAUAAAAGUCAUUAUUUAUUAACUUUGCUCUGUAAUGAUGCUCUAACAUUUAAGUUGACUUUUCUUUUUUUCUUAAUUCCCCAUUACCUUUGUAAAAAAACUGGAAACCAGGGUCAAUGUCUUCAGCCCUGUAUGUUACAGGUUCUGUUAGCAUGCAAGAUCUGUAGCUUUCUCCUGUCAAAUCUUCCCCAACCCACCUUUUCAAAACAGCAACCUAUUCAGUGCAUCUAGAGGCAGUGUUCUUCUGCACGGUAUGUUUGACCAGUGUGCCUGUUCUUUUUUUAUUAAGGUUUGAAAAAAUAACAAAGGAAAACUUUGAUGUACAAUUAUUACCUCAUUAUUGUUUUAUAAUGAAAACAAAACACAGUUUGGAUAUAGCAACAGAAAACAAUUUGGUUAACUUCUUUUAACGCUACUGUAGUAAAACAAAUGCUGUACAUAGUAUAAAAACAUAUUUUUGCAGAUAAAUAUACCCCUUUCCCCAAGCAUUAAGAAAUGGAAUGGGAGACUGUUUUAUAAAUGUUGUGCUUUGUGUUUGUCCAAAGCUUUUUUUAAUGAAUAAAUUAUUGUUCAGUUUCUCUAUGCUAUUUGUAACAGGUAAUUUCAUAAUUGUGUAGAUAUAUGCUAUUUAAAAUAAUUUAUCAGGAAACAUGACCCAGAGUGAGUGUUUCUGUCUGUAUAAACUGUUUGCACACUGAUGUGAGGAUGUUUUGUUCUGUUUUUUUUUUCUUUUGUUUUUACUAUUAGAGAUGCUUGUCUGUAAACAUUUUUACCAGUUUUACAAUACAGAAACAUGCUGUUUUUACUCAUAUCAUUUAUUUUGUAACAUACAAUGGAACAAUAAACAGAGUUCAGGAAAAAGUAA